AUCUAUUUUCUAUUCUGAAAAAAAUGAGCCCAUACUGAGUAUGUGAACUUCUACAUCAAAAUCUGAUAUAAAAUUCUGAUAAUAUUUAUUUUUAUGAUGUAUUUGAUGUGAGAUAAGUCAUUCCUAUUGGAUUCUUCCAAGAGAGGAAUCCUGACUGGUUUAGUCAUAGACAGUUUCUGUGUGUUUACUGCCGGGAAAACCAUUCCUAUUUAACACCCAGAUAAUCCAAACAUGACAACCAAAAUACUUUCACUCUGUCCGCAACCUUCUUUUUUAUCGAGAGCACCGCGAUUAUGUCUUCCGCAAAAUGGUUUCAGAUGUUUUAGAACAAGAAAUGUGGGGAAAACUCGCUACUCGACGCACAUAAUUAAAGAGAUUCUGACACCUUCCAGCGCUCCUGGAUCAAAAAGAGAAAGUCCUGCCAGAAAAAUGUGACCUUAUUUUAGAGAGCGAACAGUUGUCUUUCCGUUACAAUGAUAAUUAUGAUAGAAAACGCUACUUUAGUGGAGAUUUAAAGCCUUAAAUGUGGCGAAGAAAACACAAAUGGGGACGCUUUUCAGACGGCAGCAGAACGGCGGGCCUGAGUUGUCUCUUUACGGUUCUCAUGAAUGUUAUAAGUUCCGCCUCCUGCUGGACGACUUUAGAGAAUCAUUAACAGUAACUGAGAAUCAUGGCAGAAGUAGCUCCAGCAGCCGCACCGGCUAAAGCCCCGGCUAAAGCACCGAAGAAGAAGUCCGCUCCCAAGGCUAAGAAAGAUGGACCCAGCCUACCCAAGCUCAUCGUGGCCGCCGUGGCCGACUCCAAGGAGCGCAAGGGAGUUUCUCUUGCGGCGCUCAAGAAGGUUCUGGCCGGGAAAGGCGUCGAUGUGGCCAAGGCCAACAAGCGCAUCAACACCGCCGUUACCAAGCUUGUGACGAAGGGAACUCUUAGCCAAACGAAAGGAACCGGAGCAUCCGGGUCCUUCAARCUCGCCMAGAAGGAGCCCAAGRCCGCCAAACCAGYCAAGAAGGUGGUGAAGAAGAAGGCUCCCGYCAAGGCAAAGAAACCAGCCGCCAAGAAGGCCACAACACCCAAGAAACCCGCCGCUAAGAAAGCAGCAGCCAAGAAAUCCCCGAAGAAGGCAGCGGCCAAGAAAUCUCCGAAAAAAGUGGUCAAGAAGAGCCCCAAAAAGAGCCCUAAAAAGCCCGCCGCUAAGAAGCCAAAGGCUGCCAAGAAGCCUGCAGCCAAGAAAACGGGAGCCAAAAAACCCGCAGCGAAGAAGGCCAAGAAGUAAACAACUUUUCUCCUCCAACCACUGCUUAAGGCACCAAAGGCUCUUUUCAGAGCCACCACUUCUACAAAUUAAGACAUGAUUCCUAUAAUCUGUUGUUUCCAACAUGCUUAUAUAUAUAUUACAAAUGUAUAUCAACUGGAUUAACUGAAUGUUAAUAUUGUGCUCCAUGUGACAAUUAUGACUUUGAUGUUAACUAUUCAAAGUAUUUAUCCGUUUUCAAACAGCUGACAGUAAUAUAGAGAAUUAAGGAACUAUUUAAGAUUGACUCCCUUUAUUAAAACUGCAGCAAAUUAA